AUGUUAUUCGUAGUGGAGUUGAGUUUUCGAUUAGCACACUCGCUCGCUCGCUCAUGGUGGACGCGGAGCUCUGAGGCGAUAGUUGAUGCUCUGCAUGAAAUACUAGGAAUGAACGAUGUCGUGUUUUUGGAUGCCUAUGGAGAGUUGGAAGAUGAGGAGAAAGCCGAGGCUUUUGUUGCAAUGGAUGUUGACGAACGAAAGAUUUGA